ACUCGAGAAGAAGAGUAAGGGGAGACGGACCGAGAAGAACAAAUACCAAAAUUAUCUUGUCAUGGUCUAGAAGACAUGGCUGGAACGCAUGCUAUUGGGCACCAGACAGGCCUGAACCACGUUUGUUCUGCCCCUGCGAGAGAGAAAGAGGAUGGGAACGAACUCCUCUCAGCCAAAUUUUCGAGAGGGAAACGAGGGGAACAAAGGAAGGGUUACUGGCACCAUUGGGAAUCGAUAUCCAAAUAGGCGUUUUACUCUUCAUGAGAGAAUGGGACAAUCCAAUAAAUACCAAUUGAAUGCACAAAAGAGAAGGUG